GUUUGCGCUGCGGACCGCUGGUCAAUGGUGGUAAAAUGAUUCAAAUUUAGUGCAGCGAAGGAAUGCGCAGCCGGGAGCAGCGAGUAAUGGGUGAUGCCUGGCGUCGCCGCACAGGGUUCCUGAUGCGUGUUCUCGCGUAUCGCGCCGCGCCUCCAUGCUGAUCGAGAUGCUACCGUGCGGGUUCUUAACCCGCGAGACCUCUCUCCGUCGUCAAGAAAGCAAUGCGAGGACGCUCUCCGGAAAGACGCGACGCCUCCGGCGGAGGAUCGCGCCCGAUUUGGGGCACGCUCACUCAGUUUUUGCCGGGGCUGCUCUCUGAGUUGAACAGCGGCGAGAACAGCAUAAACGACCAUGCUGCGUGUCCUGGCGCAGCGCACGGCUCCGCAGCUCGCCCGCUCGGCGGUCCGCACGACCGCUCUGCGCGGCUUCGCCACGUUUUGAGCAGUGCCCCAAAAGUCACGUUUCAUUGCGCGUUACGCGGAGCGCCGACGCCGCGCGCGGACCUUCGUGGUGCGGCGCAUGACGGAAGGCCGCCGCCGGCCGCACGCGAGGCAAAAGCGCUGCUUGCAAAACCAUGCGCGGUCGCCGCGGCUUCCGAGACGCUUCAAGCGAAGUAUUCCCGCCUCCAAACGGGCAUAGAGAGCCGCCAUGGUCGCAAAACACCACCUCGACGUCACCCGUCGCACGACCGCAGGUCCUUCGCGGAGAGCCACGAGUACGCCAAGGUCGACGGCGGCGUGGCGACGGUCGGCAUCACGGACUACGCGGCGAACGCGCUCGGCGACAUCGUGUUUGUCGACCUCCCCGAGGUCGGCGACGAGGUCGAGAAGGGCGAGGCCUUCGGGGCCGUGGAGUCGGUCAAGGCCGCGUCGGACGUGUACGCGCCCAUCUCGGGCGAGGUCGUCGAGAUCAACGGCGCGCUCGAGGACACGCCGGACCUCGUCAACUCGUCGGCGCUCGAGGACGGCUGGUUCAUCAAGGUCAAGAUGAGCGACGCGGGCGAGGUGGACGCGCUCAUGGACGAGGCCGCGUACGCCGAGCACACGAAGGAGUAGGCGACGCGCGCGCGCCUCGUGCUUAACGGAACAUGUACUAUUUAUCGACCUUGCUUCAUCUUGGGACCGCUCGUGUGGGCGUCGAUGACACGCGCGCGUGCCGGCGCGGCUGGGUGCUCGAACCAAGUACGUCCGAUCUCAUGAUGCGUUCUGCUGCGGUGGCGUUGCCGUUGGGGGGUGGGGACGAGUGCAAGCAACGACGGCGCGCGUCGCGGUCGCGACCCGGAUUGUCCAUGCGAAGACGCCGCAUCGCGUCGACGACCGGCUCCGCGGGCGUGAUCCGGCCGCGCGGCGACGCGUCCCGUGGCGCAGAAGAGCUGAAGUUCAUACGUUCUCAUGCAAGCUGCCCAAAGGGAAGCUGCCCAAAGGGACCUCAUUCCGCGGCGCUGCCGCCGGCGCAAGGCACUCGGUUGCAACACCGACGGGCACAGAGCACCCCGGGCGGUCCCGGCACGCUCACCGCGGCGCACGGGCGCGGCGCCCGUCGUUCUUCGCAGAAACCCCGGGGCUGCCCCGUAAGGCGAUGAAUUCCGUGCGCGUUGUCGACGACCGGUUGGGCGCGGACGACGGCGACGAGGAAGCAAGUCGGCCCUUCGCGACGCUCGUGGCGGCGCUCGCGCCCGCGCCGCCCGCGCCGCCGCCCGCGCCGCCGCCCGCGCCGCCGCCCGCGCCGCCGCGCCAGCAAGCGACGCGGCCGCCCGCGGGCGGCCGCUGGCGCUGCGGCGUGAUGGAUAGAAUCCACGCCACGGGCGCCGCCUCGCUGCUGGCCCACAACGUGCUGCCGCUGCUCAGCGCGGCUGACCUCUGCCGCUUCGAGGCGACGGCGCC